ACAUAGGUAGGAACUGUUCGUCUAGUUUAAGAGUAUUGAGUGGUUGAACAGAAACAUCAUUAUCAAUGCUGGCGGACUCAGCAGCAGCAGUGGGCGGGCUGGACUCUGGUGGGCGGGGCCGCAUCAGCACACCUGCAGCACAGACAAGAAGGAAAGUGCCAAAGACUGGAGAAGAUGAUGAUCAGUCAGAGAAUAAGUUCAGGAAGUGUGAGAAAUCCGGAUGUCCAGCAACGUACCCCGUGUGUUUCGCCAGCGCGUCUGAGAGGUGUGCUAGAAACGGCUACACGUUGCGCUGGUAUCACCUGUCGUGCGGCGAGCACUUCUGUAACGAGUGCUUCGAUCAUUACUACAGGAGUCACAAAGACGGAUACGAGACCUCCUCGUGGAAGCGGGUUUGGACCAGCAAUGGGAAGAGCAAGCCCAGCCUCAAAGCCUUCAUGGCCGACCAGCAGCUGCCCUACUGGGUGAGACGCCUACAUAGACGACACCUUAGCCUUCACAGUGAACAUCAGAACAAUCCAAGCUGAGCUUUGUUCAUGCAAAGCAAUGCAGUAUGAUUAAACAAAAUGGUCUGAUGCUUAUUAAAGUAUUGAGUAAUUAGCUUUGUUAAUGUGGUAAUACUUUACAGUAAGGUUUCAUUUGUUAACUAUACUAGUAAGUGUGAAUACUUCAACAGCAUUUUUUAUCUUAGUUCAUGUUAAUGUCAACAUAUACUAAUACAUUUUUAAAAUCAGAAGUUGUGUCUGUUAAUAUUAGUAUUUUGCACAAAAUUGAGUUGUCAGAAACACUGGUGAACCUAGGAUAUUUUUUUGAAUUUGUGACAAUCUCAACGCGCCUGCAAAGUAUUUUUUAGUACAUUUGUGACAUCUGCAAGCCAAUCUGAGCCACAAUUUAACAGUUAACGGCAGCUGUGAAGACCCAAAAUGAUGAUAAUAAAAAAGCAAGUAUUUUUUUGUGUCAGGUUCUUAAAUGCCCUCUGAGGCACAUUUGUGCAUUUUGCAGACACUUUUAUCUGAAGACAUGUACACAGCAUUGAAGAUGUAUGUAGUAGCAAUACAUUUUCUUCUUGUUCUCUCGGGCAAAGAAUUGACUCGGGUUUUCGUUCAAAUUUCAAUCGUUUACUGGAUGUUCUUGUUCAAUAAACAGAAACAAAAUAAACACCGGUCAAAAA